CGAAUUUCUUCUCUGAUAGUACUACUAUUUCCUAGUACCUCAGGUGGGAGUUACUCUGUUCUUUUUUGGGUCAGUUUGGUGUAAAAAUCCAAGAGGGUUUUACAUAGCAUAGGAUUACUAUGUAUGAUGAAGAGUUGCAGCACGAUCGAGGAUGAAGGGUUCCACUUGAAAGCGAUAAAAGACUCUGAAUUACUUGUGAUCCUCCCUUUGCUCUGCAUGUUUUUUGGCUUAUUUUUGGCUUCUCUGAAGAAAUUCAAGGACGCCGGCGCAUUCUUGCACAAUGCACUUUUCUCUCACUAGUUUUUUUUCUCACUUUCACCAGGUAAUUGAGUAAGUAUAAAAUUUAAUCAGCACAGUGAUUGGCAUCGUAAAUUCGUAAUCACAAACCGUGAUGAUUUUUUUGAUUUGCAAUAUUCGCAUGUAAAUUGCCAUAUCUCCGAGACCAGGAUCCAUCGUUAUCUAGAAGAACGGUGCAGUAAUAGUACUCGAAUUAAUGGCAUGUCCAAAGCCUGCACAAUUUCUUCGUCUGACUCAGAAACCGGUAAUUAAAACUAGCCACACCACCACAGGCAAACCCAAGGCGUUGAAAAUAUGGCGAGGAAAUCAGUUUUCUCCAGAAAUUAGGCAAAAGCAAGAAACUGACGCGCACAGGCCGAAGAUGAGAUAUCUGUGCUGCACAUUCUCGUGACUAGACCAGAAAUUAGGCCGACGAGGAAGACGAAGCUGACAUGCCUAGCCGGACUAGAAGCCUGACAUGACAUGGAAAUCACUCACUCACUGCCAGGUUGAUCUGCGGAUUGUCACCGCACAUGCAGAAAUCUAGUCGGGUUCUAUCUUCUUGGGAUCCAUUGCUUUUGCUUGCUGACAUGGAACCGAGGAGGCUUGGACGGUUAGUGUUUCUGCUCUGCUGCGUUGCGGCCGUCACAUGCAGUCUGCACGCGGGAGCUCAGGCCCAACCCACUCUACGACAACAAUCCCAAGGCUCACCCCACAAUGGAGCAGUGCGUAGGGUGUUGUCGGAGACGGCGAACAGAUCGCACAGCGACCUUUCGAGAAGGACGAGAAGAAUCGAUCCUCUUGAUGGCUUGAGGAAGUAUGAGGGAGGGUUCAACAUCACAAACAAUCAUUACUGGAGUUCGACCAUAUUUACAGGUAGAUCUGGAUACAUCAUUGGUGCAUUAUGGCUUAUUGCUGGUAUCAUUUUUGCGGGCUUCCUUCUUGCCUCGAAGAUUUUCUUCGCCAAAAGUAACGAAAGAGAAAGAGACGGUGUCAUCGAUGAUUUUCUUGACAGAUGCCAUCUUGUGUCUGUCAUACUUAUCAUUCUUCUUGCAGUUUUUGCCAUAGUUGCAUCGGCGAUCGCGCUUCAGGGCGCCGUACGAUUUCAUUCUAGAGCAGAGUCCAUCAAAGAUAUCGUCGGGAGGACAGCGCUUGAAGCGACAGCGACGAUUUACAACAUCACAGGAGCCAUUGAGAAGAUGCAGAACAUAUCGAAGCUAUACAACAUUAGUAGCCAAUCCUUUGAUCAUCUGAAUUCCACGGUAAAGGCACUGAACUCUGAAGCCGUGGAAAUUCAGGCGAAGGCCGAAAAGAACAUGCGCUUGGUCAGCAAAGGCAUCAACACAUUAGAACUUGUCAUCAUUUUAACCGUGACGCUGAAUCUUGUCGCGGUCCUUGUCUUGCUAGUGGGAAGACCUCUGAGGCUACAGAAGUUGUACUAUAUGUGCAUAGCCUUGUGCUGGGUACUGACAGUCCUCUUCUGGAUGUACUUCGGGCUGUACUACUUCCUCGACAAGUUCGCCGGCGACACGUGUGCGGCCCUCGAGGAGUACCAGCUGAACCCCAAGAACAGCACGCUGGGCGCCAUCAUACCCUGCAGCGAGAAGAUGUCCGGGAGCGUCAUCCUGCACGAUGUUGGUGCAGGCAUACAUGACAUCAUAGACCAGGUGAAUUCGAACAUUUACAUGAUCAAGUCGGAGUACACCGUGAAGCAGCUGGACUACAUCUGCAACCCGUUCGCCGGGCCGCCGGGGUACCGGUACCGGCCGGAGAACUGCGCUUCCGGCGCCGCCACCAUUGGUGACAUCCCUCAGAUCCUGAGGAGGCUGACGUGCUCGGAGUUGGGCGGUGGCGCCAACUGCGCGCCGGCCGACCUCUCGUCGGCGAUCGACUACGACAAGGUGCAGACCUACACGAGCUCCAUCCAGAACGUGCUGGACAUCUUCCCGGGCACGGAGCGGCUGGUGAGCUGCGAGCUGGUGAAGGCCGGCUUCGCGGACAUCGUGGGCAACCAGUGCGCGCCGCUGCGCCGCGGCGCGCGGGCGACGUGGGCCGCGCUCGCCGCCCUGUCGAUGGCCAUGGCACUGCUCGUGCUCGCCUCGGCGGCGUGCGGCGGCGUCGGAGGGUCGCGCCACGCCGGCGACGACCGCCACUCGGUGCGGCACCUCACGUCGUCGUCCAACUCGGAGGUAUCGGAGACCGAGUUCGCCGAGAUGCCGGCCAAGAAGGUGCGAGUGAAGAUCGUCGGGCCGUGAGAGGGAGAUCAAAUUCUUUUUGCUGUGCUCUUUGCUAUUUGCAGGUGAUAGUUUGGGAGAGAGUAUACAGCCGGCGGGAGAGACUGAUCCCGGAGAGAUCAUCCAUCGCCGGCGCGCCGUUGACGCGAAAUGUUUGGUUUCUUUUCGUGCGUGGUCUGGAGAAUCCAGCCAUACACAUAUGCAGUCUUGGUAUAGGAGAGGAAAAAGAAGAAAUUGGUGUAAUCCUGUAUAUGACCGGCAAAAAUGAUACUGUUUGUAUAUAGAUUUUUUAAUCA